AUCAAUUUGAAUCCUUAUUACUAAAUCAAUCUAAAUCUUUGCUAUCAUAUCAAGUUGAAUCUUUAUUACCAGAAUCUCUAUCAUCAUCACCAUAUCAAGUUGAAUCUCUAUUGUUAUCACCAUAUUAA